AUGAUUGUAUAUGUAGAAAGUCCUAAGAAAUCUACAAUAACAAGCUCUCCGGCCGACCCCGGCGGGCGACAGCCCCGCGUUUCCAUCGGGACGGGGCGCUCCCUCUCCCUGCCCUGGGACUGCCGAGCGCCGAACGCCCCCGGUCCCCGAGGUGAGCGGCGGGGACAUGGCCCGCCGGGCUCCGCCACAGCCGCCGCGGCCCACGAGCGGGGCUCCCAAGGCCCGUCGUCGCGGGGCUCGGGGUCCGACACUCGCGCGUCCCUCGGGGCCGGGAUCGACACCUCCGCCGGCCCGCUCUCGCACUGCCAGCCCGGCUCCCGACGCCCAGCGUGCGACAUCCACCGCCGCGAGCGACUGAGGCCCCCGCCUCAGAGCCCGCCCCAGAUCGCCCCGCGCCUACCUGCCCUCGGUUUCCACGCCGCCUCCGCGGCCGGGCUGCGAAGCUCUCCGCCUCUCCGCGGAGGCGCCAGGACUCCGCGCUCCUACUCGGCGUUGGCUCCGUCCCGCCCCCGCAGGCCCCGCAAAGGCCCCGCCCCGCCCGGCCGCGGCCCCACCCCCGCCCGGCAAUGCCCGGUUCUUAUUGGCUCCUCUUCCCACUCCUCACGCUAUGGCCCGCCCCUGGUACCGCCCGAAAACCGUCGAGAGGGGAACCGCCCCGGUUCGAGUCAGCCUCUGGGCGAGAACCUUGUCUGGGACCUUGGUCGCCCGGACGCCGGCCAAGGCCUCUAG